UAAUUCGAGGCGACGCGUUAUGAUCUCGAUAUGUUGGCCGACCGAGAGAGAACCUGUUCGAAACGAUCAGACGCGAACGCGUUUCUCGUGUACGUGCAAACGGUCCCAUUUGUGUACCCCCACGCCGUUAAAAUGUUUCUAACGAACCUAUGUAUUGCAAGAUCGUCCUCAGAGGAAGAAGGAAGAAAAGUGGCACGUUACGAGUAUUUUCUCACGGUUAGAAAGUUAAUCCUAAUAAGAACUAUUCUAGAUUUGCGUAUUUAAAUUGUUCUACGUUUAUAGAAGUUUAUCGAGGAAAGUUUCUACGAGAGAGGUUUCGAGUGAUUCCAACGAUCGAUUUUCACCUUCUCUUCUCGCCUUCGUCGAAGAAGAAAGGCUUCGUGAGGUGGCGACAGAUCAGGAGGAGGAAAAAAAGGAACAAGAAAGAGAAAAAGAGAAAGAAAAAGAAAAAAGAAGAGAAAGACAAAAAGAAAAGGUCAUCGCAUACGGCAUUGGAAAAGAGAGAUCGAGAGAAAGAGAGAGAGAGAGAGAGAGAGAGAGAGAGGGAGAGAGAAAGAAAGAGAAAGAGAGAAAGAAAGAGAACGAAGAGAAACCACCAGGGAGAGAAGAGGAGCGCGUUAGCUUCCGAUUCCGAGCGUUCUCUAUAUCGGGAAAGUGGAGCGGCCACGUGAAAUCCGGUCUCUGGUGGACAGAAAAAUAUGAGCAUCUCGUGAAACCUGUGAACAAGUGGAGUACACAGACCGUAGGGAGACGAACAUGGAAACCGAGGAGCUCACGAGACUCGUCGACGAGAUUUACAAGAAUAUCUUAGACAAGUUCAAUCCAGGAGCAAGGCAGCUGAUCAAUGCUGGGAAGGCAUACCUGAAGGCACUUCACGCUGCAGCAGCGGCGUCUCGAGUCUACGUAGACGCGUUAUCCAGACUGGCACGUCAGGCACAGCUGGGAACAUGGGGUGGUUCGAAAGAUGUCGGAUUCGCACUGAUGAGGAUCGUCGAGGUUUACAAGGAGAUUCACGAGCAAGAGAUGAACAUUCUGAAGGCGUUCUAUGUUGAUUUCUUGGUACCCUUAGAAACGAACUUGGAAAAAGAUACUAAGGUUGUUCAGAGCGAACAGAAGAAGUUCCUGCAACAGCAUAAGACCAGAUCUGAGACUUACAGUAAGGCUGCGGCGACGAUGAAGAAACAGAGAAAAAAGUCAAGGGGUGCUGGCAAAAGUGGACUCGCGAUGGAUAAAGAAUUGAAAAAUAUGCAGAUAUUAGAGGAAGAGAAAUCGAAGCUCGAUGCAUUUUGUGAGCAAAGUUUAAAAAACGCUAUGACGCAAGAGAGAAGAAGGUAUGGAUUUGUCCUUGAACGACAAUGUUCUUUGGCAAAGCAUUGCGCAAGCUUUUACGAAGUCGCACUCGCUGCUCUUCAUCCAUCGGUUGACAAAUGGCGCGAAGUUGCAGCCACCAGAGAAUAUUUGCCACAAUCCGUUGAGGACAUGUUCGCUUCGAGACUGAGGCAAGUCUCAUUUUGGCCUGAGGACGAGGAAAACGGUGGAUCCGAGCUAACAAUGAGCUCACAAUUGAGGAAAACACGAAGCAUGGAUAGUUCUUGUUUGGAACUUCGUCUUGGUCCACCAUCUGGUAACACACCCUCCAGUGCUCAUCACGGACCACCACCGCAUUUACCAGCUGUGCUUUCCAGAGCACGAUCGGAGGCCAAUUUGCAUGCCUCCACGUUAUCCCUCGGCCCAGAAGUCCCGGAAACUCCACCACGACCCAGAUCCAUGGCUCCGCCGCUUUCUCGUAGCAGCGGUGUUGGAGUAGGAGGAGGUGGAGUUGGAGGUGUUGGUAGUGGUGGUGGUGGUGGUGCUGGUGUAGGUGGAGGCGUUAGCGGAAGCGGAGGUGGAGGAGGCAACAGCAGCGGCAACGGCACAGGACCGAUUUCUGGGGGUUGGGGAGAUGCACCACUCGCAAGAGCACUCUUCGCUUAUCUCAGCUCCGGAGAGAAUCAGUUGAGCUUUCUCGAGGGUGAUCUCAUCGCACUGAUGGGUGAUCGUCAAAAGGGCUGGCAAUUCGGUGAAAAUCUUCGUACGCAAAGUUCAGGAUGGUUUCCAUUGGCAUAUACCGAAGUUAUUAUCGACGAUAGUUUAGGAUCACCUAGUCAUGGUGCUAGCAAUGGUAGAACACCGGAACCACAAGCAAUUCCACCGUGUAAACCACCACCCUCUCGUCCGCCAGUCACACCGAGUAGCAUCGACGAGUUAUCGAGUGGUCAUCAUGGUUCUGGAAACAAUAACAUAAACAGCAACAGCAAUAAUAAUAAUACCAAUAGCUGUGGAACACCAACAAAUGUCCCUAAUAGUAACAGUGCACACAAUUUAGCCACUCCUACUGCUCGUCAAUCUAAAUCGAUCCGUCCAUCAGGUACAUUACCAACUGUCCUAGCUGGUGGUCGUAGAGUCCAACCACCCGUCCCACCAAUUCCACCACCCCAAGCGGUGACCUCACUUCACAGUAGCAACGAUAGUGGAUUUUCUAACGAACCACCUGCUCAACCGGAUAUUGAUUAUAGCGACGACGAGGCCAUGAGACAACGUCGAAGAAAGCCACGUCCUGAAAGAAUCACCGAGUCGUCCGGGAAACAACAACUCCAACAACAAUCGAAGGACGAUCAGAAAAGUUCGAACGAGAAAAAUUGGGAGAACGAUUCGUGGAAGACGAUAUCGCGAGAUGAGAAGAGCUGGCAACUUUAUAGAACGGCGAUGGACUUGUGGGCAGAAUCUAAUGCGAAUCAAAACAACGAGAACGACGAACCAAUUUCUGGGAGAUACUCCAGUGGUAACCGGCGUUAUGAUAACAGUCAGGAUCGACAAAAUACUCGCGAUUACUUUAAUCGUAAUACUUUGGAGAAUGGUCAAUCUAAUACUGGUAAACGGGGUAAGAAAGUUCAAGAUAAAGUUCAAAAGAACGAAUACGAUUCCCGUGUACGGCCAAAUCCAAAUCAUCGAAAUAAAUUUUCUACCGGCGAGGAAACGUCAACGAGAAGCUCUAACAGACGAAAUAACGAACAAACUCAAUCGAGUUUGCGUCGAGAAAAUUCAAAGCGAGGUAAUAACAAGGAACAAGAGGAAACGGAGGAGGACGAGUUGGAUAUGGAUGACGAGGAAGAGGAUGCAUAUGGUUCUGGUAUUGAUUAUCAAAAGAAAUAUUACAACGAUAGAAUCGAGAAUCAGGAUCGAAAUUCGCGUAGAAGUGGUUAUCGUUCGUUAGAGAAUGACGAGUCGAAAUAUGAAAAUGAAAAGACAUCGUCAAGUCCGUCGUCGGAUAGCGACGACGAAAGUACAAUAACCGUACCGGAAAUUGGUAGGAAGGUUGAACAUAUUGCACAAAAGUUGGAACAGACAGCACAAAAGUAUGCUCGAGAGCACAGUCCGCCGAAAUUUAUGGAAAGAAGAAACGAUUACAAGAGCUUAGAACGUAACAGAGAGGAGAAACAACUUCAGAAUACUUAUGAUAGGUAUAACAGCAACGAACGUGAUAGGAAUCGAUUGGUUCAGAGAUUGGAGAAAGAUAGGGAUAGAUAUUUCGAUAAGUCGUCGGCAAUAUCUGGAAAAAGUUCGACUUAUGAAAGAGAGAGAACAUUCGAAAAGAAUCCCGAUAGAAAUAGAAACAUAGAACGAGCUUCUGGUCGUCGUUUCGAAAGGCCUAGACCACCUUCGGAAGAAGCACCUGAAAGGCCAACUGACAUACGUGGUAAUUAUUUCCGUGAUCGUUGUUAUUCGGAUAAAGAGGAAGCUAUUUAUGGUGAAACAGGUAGGUUUACGAGAGAUCCACUCUCGCUCGACAAGGAACGCGGUUAUGAGUCUAAUUUCGAGACCAAAUUGGAAAGAACUAAAGUAAUCGAAAGACAUGGUUAUCAGAGUAUGCUCGGACAACAAAAUAAUCUUCAACGAGUAGAUAGAAAUGAACAUAAUAAUAGUUUAGAGAGAAACGAUAAUAACAAUAAUACUUUGAAGGACGAUAGAAGACCAUUGUUACCUCGACAAACGACCGCUGUUGGUCAUUUGAUUCAAACAGGUAGAUCCUUCGAGGUUGACACGAAAAGUCCAAAAUUAGUUAAAAGGACUAAAUCAUUUUGGAGGUUCCGCAGGGAUUCCGACGUUUUAGAGGGUAUGGCACUUUGGCAGCAUCGUUCUCUCGUUGAUAUACCGAAAAUGAUAAAGAAGGAAUUGAAUGAGGAUAGAUCUAACACGUUUGAAAAAUCAACGAAGAAACGUAGUUCCGACAGUAGUCCAACAUCUAGGCGGAGUCUUGAGAAACGUGACAGUGAUGUUACCUUGACAAAUGAACAAUCGAGUCAAGAUGAACCAAAACCAGCCGAGAGGAUUCACGUGCCAGAUAAAAACGAUUAUUUCGAAGACUUUCCGACUCCUGCCGAAAGACCUAAAGUCAUCGAAAGAUCGGAGUAUCGGAUGCAUCAGGAGGAGAGAGCAUAUUUCGUUGGUAACGUUUCAAGAAAGGCGAUAAUUGAGAAGGAACGCAAACGUAGCCUCGAGGCAAAAAGAAACAUGAUCGUUGCCGAGUUAAAGGAGAACAACGAAGUCAAGAGGAACGAGAGGAGAGGACAAAAAGAUUAUGGGAAUGAAAAUGACAAUGGUCUUAUACGUAGCUUCAGUGAAACUGAGGCUUCCGAUGAGGAAUCAACUUAUAGUUGUAUCGUUGUAAAGGAUCAAACGGUCGCGGAGAAGACAUUAUUACCGAGAACGAAAUUAAGAAGAGAUUCUGAUCGCGAUAGGGACAAGAACGUGUGUGGACCAUGGUACGAUCUAUGGGGUGUCGAUUCGUCGGUCAACAAUAAGAAAAAGAAGAAGAAGCAGCAAUAAGAUUCUCUCUUUCGUUUUGUUUCGUUUCGUUUAAUUUAGUUUAGUUUAGUUUAGUUCAAUAUCGUAUCGUAUCGUUUCGUUUCGUU